CCUGUCGUCGCAUUGCAUUCUGGUUCUUGUAGUCGGAUUGUAAUCCUAAACAUUGUUAUUGUCUGUGCAGAGCUCUGCAGCACCAUGAUGUCUGCGGGUAGCACACUGUUUCAGGCAGCUGAGAAUGGAAACGGAGGUAAACAGCGGACACCGUGUCCGUUACACGGCUGCAAACGCGUGUACACGGACACGAACUCUCUGGACGAUCACGUGAAGGACCACGAGAUCCACGCAGAGUGUCUACCUGGGAAGUUGAUGCUGUGCUCCACCAUUGGCUGCAGUGGUUCCUUCCCCAACAUGCAGAAACUGAUGGAGCAUAUGAGGCACCAUCACAAACCCAACAUAUACUUCCUGUGUGAGAACUGUCGCACAAAGCUACGAUCCUACAAAGGUCUCCUCACUCAUCUGCACACCUGUUCAAAAGUGCCGCGGGGGAAACCAAAGCAGCCUGAACCACCACCACCCACUCCAGCUCCAACAAACCCAAACAUGCCCCCCAUGGCCAUGGACCAGGACCCACCACGACUGGAGUCCAUGUCCACAUCCCAACAACCCCCCCCUCAAAUCCAACACACAGAUGGCUCCUUACCUGCUGCAGCUCCUCAGCCGGAGUCUGUGGCCCCCCCUCAUCUUGGUCCCCCUUUCUUGCCUGACCCUGACCCCUCCCCUCCCCAGCUUGUUCCCCAGCAGCUCCUGGCAGAGUCGACCCCUCUGCCUCAGCUCAAGAAGGAAACAUCUGAAGUGCCUCCAUCUCUAAACCUGGAAGGUGACGCAAAGGUGUCCGACCCUCCUGAUGUCAAGGAGCAGCACCAGGCACAAAGAGGGUCUAUUGAGACCACCCACCCUGCUCCCCAGUCUCCUCCUUCCUCAGCUGUUUGGAAGAAGAGUCAAGCUCUCUCCUCCAGCAGACGAGUCCUUUGGGAGCACACUAGGGGGCGCUACACAUGUGUUCAGUGUGGCCACGUUUCAACCAACCGUAAAGAUAUGACUCUACACAUCAGCACUUACCACGGUGUGAACAAACCAGGAGACACAGAGACCUCUGCAGCCAUGUCAUAGUGUCGAGGAAGGGGGAUUCCCUCCAGACGUCAUCUGUCCUUCAUCAAAUGUUCUGUAGAGUUUUAUUUCUAGAGCCUCUCCACACUCCCGGUGAAAACCUGCAGCAGUGUUUUUAGAAAAAUGAUCAUCUAAAACACUUUCAUGACUUCAUAUCAGAUGUCAGACUGCAGGUUCAUUCACUCAUCUCUCCUCAAACACCUGAAGGAACUUCCUUAACCCCUGUUUGCAUCUUCUCUGUAAAUGAUGAACCCUAUAUGUUUGAAUCUGUGAACAGUAACUCCAGCUAAAAUCUGACUUUAGUUUUAGUAUCCAACAUUUACGUUACAUAAAGCACUUAACAGGCUUCUCACUGUUAACCUGGCUGCAGACUUUCAGCUGAUUUCAUGGUGUAUGGUGAUCGGUUUAGUUUGAAGCUCUGAUUUAAACUGCUGUGAAUUAACGUGGAUGAACUAGUCAAACUCCCCUCACCCCAGGUACCCCAGACUGCAGCUCUGCAGUGUUCUUCUUUUGUACUGUGCCAAUAAAAACCCUAAGCUGUUUGCAACAGA